CGCUCCGUCUCUCUCACCGCUCCAAGUCGAAACCCUAACCGACAGAAUCAGAAGGAGUGCUUUGGGUUCAUCUAGGGCUUCACGUUAUUGGAGAUUGAGCAAAACUACAAUGGGAAGGAAGGAGAUGACAUCUUUGGAGUUCAAAUCAGGAAAAGAGAAGAAAAAGCACAAGAAGAAAGGGAAGGAGGAAGUGAACAAGGAUGAACUUGAAAGAAAUUUUUCUGUGCUUGAAGUGGGGGACAAAAUGGGCACGAACGUUGUGCAGACAGAAGAUGACAAUAGUGGCGGAAAUCAUAUGAUUAGUGGAGAAGGAGCCAAUAAGAAAAAGAAAAGGAAGAGGGAAAAGGACGGGGAUGAGAUGGUUAUAGAGAAUAUGAUUGAUAGAAAGGAGCUCUUUAAUGAAGGGGAGAAAUCUGUAGGGAGAACCAUGGGGAAGCUUGACUCCACAGGUCAUGUAAAGAAGAGAAAGAAAAUCCUUGAGGAUGUCAAAAAAGCUAUGGCAACUGAAUAUGAAGAUGUUGCAAAAAUAACCAACAAGGGAGGAAAUAAAAAGAAGAAAGAUAAGAAACAGAAGAAAGAAAAGAAAGUGAAGAAAGAGAAGAGGGAAAACGUGGAUGGUGAAUUGGGACAGAAUAUCUCAAGUGAUGGAAUAGAAGCUGGAGUAGCAAGUAAACGUGUAGAUGGGCAUAUUGUGGAGAAGGGUGGUUUAUCACUUGAGAAGGGGAGGAAAGAGAAAAGAAAGCAUGGAAAGAAAUCAGGAACUGAAUUGCAGGAGUCUGUGGCUGAAGAUAUGGGCACUGAUUGUAACAGAAAAUCAGAGGCUGUUGAUGUAGAAAAUAGUAAGAAAGGGAAGAAGUCCAAGUCGCAGAAACAUGGUAUUGUUGAGGGUUGUAAUGAAGACAAGAAAAAGGCCAGGUCAAGUAAAAACAGCUUAAAAGCCCAAAAAGGCAUUGGGGCUCCUGACAAUUCUGAAGAAUCAGCACCUAAAAAAGCACUGAAAAGAGUAAGUUUUUCUGAUGAUGUUGAGGUCUUCUCACCGUCUGAUGGCCCAAGUGAUGAGCAUCAAGACCUUGUAAGAGGUAAACGGUUUUCAAAAGAAGAAGAUAAGAUUGUGGAAGAGGCUGUUUUAAGAUACAUAGACGAACAUGCUUUAGGUGAUGAUGGUCUCGAUAUGGUUCUGCGUUGCAAGUCCCAUCCUGAAGUCAAAAACCACCCAGAGUUGAAAACCUGUUGGAAGGACAUUGGGGCAGCCCUACCAUGGAGACCCUUUAAAAGUGUGUAUUAUAGAGCCCAUAUUUUGUUCGAACGAGCCGAGAAACGGAAAUGGAGCCCGGAAGAAUAUGAAGAGGUAAGAAAGUUCCAUAAAGAUAAGGGAGCUGAUUGGAGAACUUUGGGCGAUAAGCUUGGCAAACAUAGAAUUCAUGUCAAGGAUGCAUGGCGCAGAAUAAAACUGCCAAACAUGAAGAAAGGACAGUGGUCCCAAGAGGAGUACGAGAAUUUAUUCGAUUUGGUGAACAAGGAUCUGCGUAUGAAGGUUUUCGAAGAAAAGAAAACCAAGCAUGGCAUGCUUCGAGAUAAUAUUUGCUGGGAGGCAAUCAGUGAAACGUUAGGCACAAGAACCAAUGCUGUUUGCAGCUUGAAGUGGUAUAAUCAAUUAACAUCACCGUUGGUAAGCCAAAAGCUGUGGUCUGAUAUUGAUGACUAUCGGCUGCUUGAUGCUCUCAAUAGCUUGGAUGCUUGCUGUAUUGAAGAUGUUGAUUGGGAUGAUCUGCUUGAGCAUAGGCCUGGAGAUGUUUGCCAAAAGCGAUGGUAUCAAAUGGUCAAACAUAUUGGUCAGCAUGCGCUGAAAUCCUUUCCUGAGCAAGUGGAAGUUUUAUCUAAACGUUAUCUUGCCGAUUUAAUUGAAGCUAGAGAAAUAUAUGCUAAUAAACCUGCAGUUGAUUGAGGUUUGUCGUGUAUCAAUCGACUGCUGUUCUUGAAGCAGGAGAUGUUGGUGUAAACUAGUAUUGUAAGAAAGAAUGGUAUGUUUUGUUUUUGCUCAACUUUAUCUUACCCUUUUUGUAUCCAAGGUUUUGUGAAAUUUUUCUGUAUUGUUGUAGAACUAUAUUGGUACUUGGAUCAAUUUACAAUGAUAGAUCAGGGUAGAAGCUGUUGGCUUGUUAUACUAAUUAAUCCCUUUUGCCAGCCAUGUUAUGCUUAUGCUGAUCGACGCUGGUUAGGCAACCAAAAAGCAUGAUUCUGUAGUUGUGUAUCCACUGCUUAUGAACUUAACUUGGAGAAGAAGAAUCAGGACUCUGUCCCUCUAAAGAAGGUGGCUGCAAAAUAUCAAUCCCGUGGCAACAAGAAUAUAGAACAUCAGCAAGGACGACCCAUAUCAU